GCUCGCAGCCCGGGAAAAGCUGCAAAUGGCUGCGCCGAGCGCGGGAUCCCGGCCCGCCUUGCAGCAGGAGGGGUUAAUGGCCGCUGACAGGGGGCACAGGGUAUUGGGAGUAUGUGGCAUGCAUCCUGACCAUCAGGAAACCCUGAAAAAGAACCGGGUGGUGCUGGCCAAGCAGCUGUUGCUGAGUGAACUGUUGGAACAUCUUCUGGAGAAGGACAUCAUCACUUUGGAAAUGAGGGAGCUCAUCCAGGCCAAAGUGGGAAGUUUCAGUCAGAAUGUGGAACUUCUCAACUUGCUGCCCAAGAGGGGUCCCCAGGCUUUUGAUGCCUUCUGUGAGGCACUGAGGGAGACCAAGCAGGGCCACCUGAAGGAUCUGUUGCUCACAACCCUCUCUGGUCUUCAGCAUGUACCCCCACCGUUGAGCUGUGACUACGACUUGAGUCUCCCUUUCCCGAUGUGUGAGUCCCGUCCCCCUCACAAGCUGCUGCGUCUUUCGACAGAUACUGUGGAACACUCCCUAGACAAUGGAGAUGGUCCCCCCUGCCUUCAAGUGAAGCCUUGCACUCCUGAGUUUUAUCAAACACACUACCAGCUGGCCUAUAGGCUGCAGUCUCGGCCGCGUGGCCUGGCACUGGUGCUGAGCAAUGUGCACUUCACUGGAGAGAAAGACCUGGAGUUUCGCUCUGGAGGGGAUGUGGACCACGGUUCUCUAGUCACACUCUUCAAGCUUUUGGGCUACGACAUCCACGUUCUGCAUGACCAGACUGCACAGGAAAUGCAAGAGAAACUCCAGAAUUUUGCACAGUUACCUGCGCACCGUGCCAUGGACUCCUGCAUAGUGGCACUCCUGUCUCAUGGUGUGGAGGGUGCCAUCUAUGGUGUGGAUGGCAAACUGCUUCAGCUACAAGAGGUUUUUCGGCUCUUUGACAAUGCCAACUGCCCAAGCCUUCAGAACAAGCCGAAAAUGUUCUUCAUCCAGGCCUGCCGUGGAGAUGAGACUGACCGUGGGGUUGACCAGCAAGAUGGAAAGAACCAUGCCAGUUCCCCUGGGUGCGAGGAGAGUGACGCCGGGAAAGAGGAGCUGCUGAAGAUGAGACUGCCCACUCGCUCGGACAUGAUAUGUGGCUACGCCUGCCUCAAAGGGACUGCCGCCAUGCGGAACACCAAACGGGGUUCCUGGUACAUUGAGGCCCUCACUCGAGUGUUCUCUGAGAGGGCGUGUGACAUGCACGUGGCUGACAUGCUGGUUAAGGUGAAUGCCCUUAUCAAGGAGCGUGAAGGCUACGCCCCCGGCACAGAGUUCCACCGGUGCAAGGAGAUGUCAGAGUACUGUAGCACUCUGUGCCGUCACCUCUACCUGUUCCCAGGACACCCUCCCACGUGAUGCCGCCUCCCCAUCAUCUGUGCCAGAUGGAGGCCACUGGAUCACAGGAGGUGUGCUAGAGCCUUUUCUCUUCCAGAUACACGGUUUCUGUUCUUCCCCUCAGGGACAUGGAAUCCCAGGCUUGUUUCCUGUGCCCAUCAUCUCCGCCUUUGAAUAUGGGACUCCAGGCCAGCUCCUUCUAUGUGAAGCUCUAUGCCAGUAGAGCCGGCUCUGGCUGGUCUUGCUUCCAGGAAUGUUUGGGUUAUAGUUGAAGAGCGUCACAAGUGACGUCAUGAGCACAGUGUUGUCAUAGGAAGAGGGCAAGUGGGUUCCUCGAUGUCUGUGUUCGAUCCUUGCCCCCAGGGCUUUUGUA